AUGGGGGCGCUAUUUCAGCCGAUAAACCAAGUAAAGUUUACAAAUGUUGCUAUAGUUAAAUACAAGCACAAAGGGAAGAAAUUCGAAAUUGCUUGUUACAAAAACAAAAUUAUUGACUGGAGAAAUGGAACCGAGUUGAACAUAGAUGACGUUCUUCAGUCUCAUUUAAUUUUCACAAAUAUAUCGAAAGGGGAGAUAGCCAAAAAAUCGGAAUUGAGCGCAUGCUUUAAUACUGAUAACAAUUAUGAAAUAUGCAAAACUAUUUUAGAAAAAGGAACGUUACAGAUAAGUAACAAGGAAAGGACGAUAUUAAAAGAAAAAAUUUACAAAGAUAUUAUCGAAAUUUUGCACGAAAUGAGUGUAAAUCCGCAAACGGGUUAUCCCCUCUCAACAAAUAUGAUAGAAAGUAUGGUCAAAAAUCUUGGCUAUAGUAUAAAUAUAGAUGACAGCGCAAAGAAACAAGCCCUCAAAGUUUUUGAUAUUUUAAGUAAGGAAUAUGAUGAAAUAAUUCAAAGAGCAUUUAUGAGAAUACAAAUAAUUUGUGAUGAUAUUGUAAAGGAUGAAGUAAUAAAAUUUUUAAAUAGCAAUAAUGUAAUUAUAGAAGAACAAGAAGUAACCAAUAACAUGAAAAGUGGAGUAGAUAAUGUAAAUAUUAAACAUAAUCAUGAAUAUGAACAUAAUAAUGUAGAGGAAAAUAUAAAAAGAGAAACUAAUACAUAUGAAAAUAGCAUGGAUGGACACGAAAAUGAUAGUACAUGUGUUGAAUCUCAAUUAAGUGUACAGGAAAAUGGUGAAGUUAUACACUAUAAUGCCGAACCUAAGAGCGUAAACAUGAAAGGGGAAGAAAAGUAUGAAACUGAAAAUAAGGAUGGUAAUUAUAAUGAUGGUUAUAGUAACUGUAACGGUUACAAAUAUGAAGAUAAAUUUGAUCAUUGUGAAAACCCCAGUAAUAGUAAUAACGAUACGAAUAUUCGUGUAAGCAAAUAUACUACCAGGAGAAAGCAAAAAGAUACACAAGAAAAGGACAAGCCAGAUGAACCGAAAAAUGUGUUUGAUAUAAAUGAUACAGCUUACAAUGAAAGAGAUGAGAAUUUCUCCAAAAAGGAUAAGAAAGAAAAAAAUGUUUUACUACACAAUAACAAUUUUAUGGAAGAAAAAAAAAAAAAUCUCAAAAAGGAAAAUAGUGUACAGAAUGAUGAUAUCAAAGCGAGCGACUCUUUUAGUGAUGAUUUGAAAAUAAAAUUUAAACAAAAAAAGAAUAAACAAGAUAAAGAAAGAAAAGAAAAAUUUUCGGGAACUCAUAAAAUAGUAUUUUUAUGUUACCCUUGUGUUUAUAGAUAUAUUCAUGAUUUAACAAAGAAAUAUAAAAAAAAUUGUUCUAGUAAAAUUUUAAGUAAUAAUGUUAAAAUAGCCACUUUUAAUAAAAAGAAAAAGAACGAUCGGGACAUUCCUGUAAUUCUGGAUGUACACAUUGAAAAUACUACGGAAAAAAGUAAAACUAAGGGAAAUAAAAACAUCUGUAAUGGUAACACUAAGGGGAAAGGUAAAUGUAGAAUCAACCAAAGUGAUAAUGAGAAAGAUGGAUGGAGUUAUAAAGAAAAUGAACAGGAAUUCAAUGGCGGAAAUGAGAAUAAGGAAGGCAUCACAAAAAGUGAGUUCAACAGUAUUAAUAAUAGUAAUAGUAAUAUUAUUCUAGCUAAAUCGGGCCAAAAGCUCAAUAACGAGAUAAAGGAUAACAUAAAUGGCGCAGAUAUAAUAAUGUGCACAAGUUGUUUAACGAGAAUAGAAAAAAGUAAUUACAAAUUACAUUGUAGGAGUGAUUUUCAUGUAUAUAAUGUCAAAAGAAAGUACAAAAAAUUACCCCCCAUUUCACUUGAAGAAUAUAAAGAAAUCGACUUUGACGUUUCGCACUUUCAUGUUGAUAUGUGA